AUGCAUUUCGCCAUGCCCCCAAGGAAGACAUCGCGACCACCGCCAUAUGCAGCCCGCAGCCAGAGCGGUGGAAUUGCGCUACCGCCUGCGCUCAAGAACCUCCUACGAAGCAGAGCAGGACGAUUGAUUGUCGGCGGCAUACUGGGCUUCUUUGUCCUGAUAUGGAUGCUGAGUGGCAGCGGCGGGACUAGCAGGGCCAAGUCUAAAGUUGGAGGUUGGACAGCAGCAAAUAUCCCAAAGCCGAACAUCGGGAGCGGACCGCCUGUGGUGGUGGUGACGGUUAUAGACCCCAAGGCCGAUCCAGUAUGGAUGCAAAAAAUCAAGAGCAAUAGGGAGGAGUACGCCAAACGACACGGCUACCUAACCUUCUUCCCCACCAACGACCAAUACCCCAUCUCCAACUCGCCUGCCUCCUGGUCGCGCGUCCCCGGCAUCCGCCACGCCAUGACCCUCUAUCCCACUUCGACCUUUUUCUGGUACCUCGACUCCAGCGCCCUCAUCAUGAAUACUGCUCUCCCCAUCCACACCCACCUGCUCACUCCCGCGAAACUCGAAACCCACAUGAUCACCAACGCACCCGUCGUGCCGCCAGACAGCGUCAUCAAGACCUUUGGCAACCUCAAAGGCGACAGAAUAGAUUUCGUCGUUACACAGGACAAAGAUGGACUGGCGCCGAGUAGCUUUGUUGUGAGGAACGGGGAGUGGGCAAAGUUCUUCUUGGAUGCUUGGUUCGAUCCUAUUUACCGGAGUUACAACUUUCAGAAGGCCGAAAGUCAUGCUUUGGAGCAUAUUGUCCAAUGGCAUGGAACCAUCCUUGCCAAACUAGCCAUGGUACCACAGAACCUCCUCAAUGCCUACGCGACGGGACCCGCGGCUGAGAAAGAUGGUCAGUACAAGGACGGAGAUCUUGUAGCAAACUUCCCUGGCUGCGAUAAAGAUGGCAAGACUUGCGCAAAGGAACAAGAAGCAUUUUGGGCUGUUCUUGAGCAGGGCAAGAACUAG